ACUUGUAUGAAGUGUUAUCUCUUUUACCUUAAUUGUAUGCCUAAUUUGCUUAGUUUUUAGUUUUAAUGUUUAUAAUUCCUUUUUUUUUCUAGUAAUAAAUUAUUAAUAGAUUGUGAUUAUUUGUUAAAUUUUAAAAUGAAUCCUAUGACAAAUGUGAAAAAUGUUAUAAAGUUAAGCGAACGUGAAUUAUCAGGAAAUUCUAAAAGUUCUUGGCAUGAUCAAUAUAAAGAUAGUGCUUGGAUAUUUAUAGGAGGUUUGCCAUAUGAUCUAACAGAAGGAGAUAUUAUUUGUGUAUUUUCCCAAUAUGGAGAAAUAGUAAACAUAAAUUUAGUUCGAGAUAAAGCAACAGGAAAGUCCAGAGGAUUUUCCUUUAUAUGUUAUGAAGAUCAACGCUCAACCAUUCUAGCUGUUGAUAAUUUGAAUGGAAUUAAGAUUUUGGGUCGAACAAUCCGUGUUGAUCACUGUGAACAAUACAGAGCACCAAACGCUGAUAUGAGUAAAAUUGAUGAACUAACUGCAACUAUUAGAACAGAGGGAUGUGCACCAAAUAUUCCAGUAAAAACUGAAACACUAUUAUCUGCAAUUAAAAAGGAGAGAGAAAACAAGGAAAAGAGAAAAAAGGAUAAAAAAAGCAAAAAGAAGAAAAAAAAGAAAAGCAGAAGUUCAGAUUCUUCUGAUUAGUGUUAAAAUAUUAUUUUGUAUUAAAAGUAAAGUAAAAUUA